AUGAAGCCCGCGUCAGCUGCCUUGACGCUGCUGCUGGCGGGGCUCGGCGACGCGGCCAGCUGGGAUGUGACGGUGGGCAAGGGAGGCAAGCUCAAGUUUGACCCGGAGACGGUCGCGGCGCGGACUGGCGAUACGAUCACGUAUCACUUCUUUUCCAAAAACCACACAGUCACACAGUCAUCGUUUGACAAGCCAUGUCAACUCCUCGACAAAGGCGGCUUCUUCUCGGGCUUCACGCCGACGGCCUCGGACAGCGUCGAGGCGCCGACCACCUUCACCAUCACCAUCAACGACACGAAGCCGGUGUGGGUAUACUGCUCGCAAACGACCGGGAACCACUGCCAGAGCGGCAUGGUGCACGCCAUCAACGCACCGACCAUGGGAAACACUCUGGAUGCCUACAAGGAGAAAGCCAAGGGCGCACCGACGAGCGCAGCUCCGGCGAAUGGCCUGCCUGUGGGUGGCACGCGCGUCCUACACGUUGAUGUCGGCCUCAACGGCUUGACUUUCACACCCAACAACGUCACCGAGCUGCCAGGGACUGUUGUCGAGUUUAACUUUAAUCCAAAGAACCAUUCCGUUGUCCAAUCGUCCUUUGACAAGCCGUGCCAGCCGCUUGACGGAGGCGGGUUCAGCAGCGGCUUCAUACCUACCUCGUCGCCGAAGCCCGGUGUCCAGUUCCAGGUGGUCAUCAACGACACCAAGCCCAUCUGGUACUAUUGCGCCCAGACCACGGGGAAUCACUGCCAGAGCGGCAUGGUUGGCAGCAUCAAUGCUGCUCUGACCGGAGACAAGACGUUUGACGCAUUCAAGGUCGUCGCCUCCAAGGCAUCACCUCCGAGCACGAUCCCUCCCCACGCGCCGCUGGGCGGUUCUCUGAGCGUCAACGGCAGCCUCAUCGCCUCGCUGAACGGCAGCGUCCUCGCGCUCCCCGCCUGGAAGGACUACGUCUCGCAGAUCCCCAAGCCCGGCCAGAACGACCAGUGGAUGAUGGGCGUGGCCGGCGGCGGCGCCAUCGCCAACUACAACUGGGGCAACAACAAGACGCUGUCCGACGACGCGACCCGUCGGCUGCAGCUGCUGCACUACAUGGACAACGCGCUGCUCGUCUACCUGACCACGGGCGUCGGCAAGCUCACCGGCGGGGCGUGGGCGGGCGUCUACCCCGAGACCAUCGUCGGCCUCUUCCGGUCCAUGGGGGCGCAGGCCUACUUCCACCGGUCGACGGCCAGCGACGUGUUGCAGCACUUUAACAAGCCCAUGCCGGAUGUGUGCGAGUUCAACUGGCCUCGUUCAGGCUCCGACGACGACAAUGCCGACAACUACGUCCAGGCUGUGCUCACGCUCAUCAUGCUCGAGAUCGGCCUCCUCCUCGACACCGUCACCACGGCGGCGUCGACGGACCCCUGGCUGGCGCCGUGCCUCGCGUCCGCCAUCGGGGCCAAGUCGCGCAUGGCCGGCGUCAUCGGCCUCAUGCGGAACCACACCGCCGUGCCCGCACCCCGCGAGGUCGCCCUCUCCCCGAACCUGGUGUACUCGUACCUCCAGAAGAAGUACAUACGCUCGUGCCCCUCUGAGACGCUGCAGUCGUGGAACACGCCGCUCCCGCCGCUCAACAUCACGGGACGUGUCAACAACCCCGCGACGGGCCUCCUCACGACGAUCCAGGUCUCUCUCGAGCAGAGCGACAAGCAGCCCUACUACCUCGCGUUCCUGGGGCCGUGGGGGCAGGUCUUGUACUCGCCGCUCAGCAAGGACGGCGUUGCGGAGGUGCCCCGCGACCUUUAUGCGUAUGUCUGGGUCGUCGUCACCCAUGAGAAAGACAUGACGCUCCGUAACUUGUUCAGCAGCUCAGUCGCGGGACCAGAGAUGAUUUGGGUGUCCAAGCCUUGA